AGAUGGCGGCGGGGAGGUAGUCGGAGCCGGACGCCGCUACCGCCGCCGCCGCCGCCACCGCCGCCUCCGCUCCAGACGCCUCUGGUUCCUCAAGCUCUCGCCGCCCGGGAUAAGCUGCUCCGGCGUCGGAUCCCGCGGGGAAAAUGGUGGAACCAGGGCAAGAUUUACUGCUUGCUGCUUUGAGUGAGAGUGGAAUCAGUCCAAAUGACCUCUUUGAUAUUGAUGGUGGAGAUGCAGGACUUGCAACUCCAACACCUACCCCUCCCGUCCAGCAGUCAGUGCCACUUAGUGCAUUAGAACUAGGUUUGGAGACUGAAGCAGCAGUUCCUGUUAAACAAGAACCAGAAUCUGUGCCUACUCCAGCACUAUUGAAUGUUCGGCAGCAGCCUCCAUCUACUACUACGUUUGUGCUGAAUCAAAUAAAUCAACUUCCGACCUUGGGAUCUACAAUUGUAAUGACCAAAACCCCACCAGUAACAACUAAUAGACAAACCAUCACUUUAACCAAGUUUAUCCAAACUACUGCAAAUACACGCCCUUCAGUUUCCACACCAGCAGUACGAAAUGCCAUGACCUCUGCACCUUCAAAAGACCAGGUUCAACUGAAAGACCUACUAAAAAAUAAUAGUCUGAACGAACUCAUGAAACUUAAGCCACCUGCUAAUAUUGCUCAGCCAGUUGCAACAGCAGCUACUGACGUAAGCAAUGGUACAGUGAAGAAAGAAUCUUCUAAUAAAGAAGUGGCAAGAAUAUGGAUAAAUGACAUGAAAAUGAGGAGUUUUUCCCCAACCAUGAAGGUUCCUGUUGUGAAAGAUGAUGAUGAACCAGAGGAAGAAGAUGAAGAAGAAAUGGGUCAUGCAGAGACCUAUGCAGAGUAUAUGCCAAUAAAAUUAAAAAUUGGCCUACGUCACCCGGAUGCUGUAGUGGAAACUAGUUCUUUAUCAAGUGUUACACCUCCUGAUGUUUGGUAUAAAACAUCCAUUUCUGAAGAAACCAUUGAUAAUGGCUGGCUAUCAGCAUUACAACUUGAGGCAAUUACAUAUGCAGCCCAGCAACAUGAAACAUUCCUACCUAAUGGAGACCGUGCUGGCUUCUUAAUAGGUGAUGGUGCUGGUGUAGGAAAAGGAAGGACGAUAGCAGGAAUUAUCUAUGAAAAUUACUUGUUGAGUAGAAAAAGAGCAUUGUGGUUCAGUGUUUCAAAUGAUUUAAAGUAUGAUGCUGAAAGGGAUUUGAGGGAUAUUGGAGCAAAAAACAUUUUGGUCCAUUCAUUAAAUAAGUUUAAAUAUGGCAAAAUUUCUUCCAAACAUAAUGGAAGCGUGAAAAAGGGUGUUAUAUUUGCUACCUAUUCUUCCCUCAUUGGUGAAAGUCAGUCUGGUGGUAAAUACAAAACUAGGUUAAAACAACUUCUGCAUUGGUGUGGUGAUGAUUUCGACGGAGUAAUAGUGUUUGAUGAAUGUCAUAAAGCAAAAAACUUAUGUCCUGUUGGUUCAUCAAAGCCAACGAAGACAGGCUUAGCAGUUUUAGAGCUUCAGAACAAAUUGCCAAAAGCCAGAGUUGUUUAUGCCAGUGCCACUGGUGCUUCUGAACCACGAAAUAUGGCUUAUAUGAACCGUCUUGGCAUCUGGGGUGAAGGAACUCCAUUUAGAGAAUUCAGUGAUUUCAUUCAAGCAGUAGAACGGAGAGGUGUGGGCGCCAUGGAAAUAGUUGCUAUGGAUAUGAAGCUAAGAGGAAUGUACAUUGCUCGACAGCUGAGCUUUACUGGAGUGACCUUCAAAAUUGAGGAAGUUCUUCUUUCUCAGAGUUAUGUUAAAAUGUAUAACAAAGCAGUCAAGCUGUGGGUCAUUGCCAGAGAGCGAUUUCAGCAGGCAGCAGACCUAAUCGAUGCGGAGCAACGAAUGAAGAAAUCCAUGUGGGGUCAGUUCUGGUCUGCUCACCAGAGAUUUUUCAAAUACUUGUGCAUAGCAUCCAAAGUCAAAAGAGUCGUGCAACUAGCUCGAGAGGAAAUUAAAAAUGGAAAAUGUGUCGUAAUUGGUCUGCAGUCUACAGGAGAAGCUAGAACAUUAGAAGCCUUGGAAGAGGGUGGCGGAGAAUUGAAUGAUUUUGUUUCAACAGCCAAAGGAGUAUUGCAGUCACUUAUUGAAAAACACUUCCCUGCUCCAGACAGGAAGAAACUUUAUAGUUUGCUAGGCAUUGAUUUGACAGCUCCAAGCAACAACAGUUCACCAAGAGACAGUCCCUGUAAAGAAAAUAAAAUAAAGAAGCGGAAAGGUGAAGAAAUAACUCGAGAAGCCAAAAAAGCACGAAAAGUUGGUGGCCUCACUGGUAGCAGUUCUGAUGACAGUGGAAGUGAAUCUGAUGCCUCUGAUAAUGAUGAAAGUGACUAUGCAAGCUCUAAAAACAUGAGUUCUGGGGAUGACGAUGAUUUCAAUCCAUUUAGAGAUGAGUCUAGUGAAGAUGAUGAAGAUGAUCCCUGGUUAAUUAGAAAAGACCACAAGAAAAAUAAAGAGAAAAAAAAGAAGAAAUGUAUAGAUCCAGAUUCUAUUCAAAGUGCCUUAUUAGCAUCAGGUCUUGGAUCAAAACGACCUAGUUUUUCAUCAACACCAGUUAUUUCACCUGCUCCUCAUAGUGCACCAGCUAAUAGUAACACCAACAGUAACAAUAGCCUUAUAACAAGCCAGGAUGCUGUGGAAAGGGCCCAGCAGAUGAAGAAAGACCUGCUUGACAAACUAGAGAAACUUGCUGAAGACCUCCCUCCUAAUACUCUGGAUGAGCUUAUUGAUGAACUCGGUGGCCCUGAGAAUGUUGCUGAGAUGACUGGCCGGAAGGGGAGGGUUGUAAGCAACGAUGACGGAAGCAUUUCUUAUGAAUCAAGAUCUGAAAUAGAUGUCCCCGUGGAAAUACUGAAUAUCACAGAAAAGCAGAGAUUUAUGGAUGGAGAGAAGAAUAUUGCUAUCAUCUCAGAAGCUGCCAGCUCCGGUAUUUCAUUACAAGCAGAUCGCCGAGCUAAAAAUCAGAGGCGAAGAGUUCAUAUGACUCUGGAAUUACCCUGGAGUGCUGAUAGAGCUAUUCAGCAGUUCGGACGAACUCAUAGAUCAAACCAAGUUACUGCUCCUGAGUAUGUGUUUCUGAUUUCGGAAUUGGCAGGAGAACAAAGAUUUGCAUCUAUUGUUGCCAAAAGACUUGAAAGCUUGGGAGCACUUACCCAUGGUGACAGAAGAGCAACAGAAUCUAGGGAUCUGAGCAGAUUCAACUUUGAUAAUAAGUAUGGAAGAAAUGCUUUAGAAAUUGUUAUGAAGUCCAUUGUAAACCUAGAUUCACCUAUGGUAUCACCACCUCCAGACUAUCCUGGAGAAUUUUUUAAAGAUGUUCGACAAGGACUGAUAGGAGUCGGCCUGAUUAAUGUAGAAGAUCGCUCAGGAAUUCUUACUCUGGAUAAAGAUUAUAACAACAUAGGAAAAUUCUUAAAUAGAAUUUUGGGCAUGGAGGUGCAUCAACAGAAUGCGUUAUUUCAGUAUUUUGCAGACACACUUACUGCAGUUGUUCAAAAUGCCAAAAAAAAUGGAAGAUACGAUAUGGGAAUCUUGGAUCUUGGUUCUGGAGAUGAAAAAGUGAGAAAAAGUGAUGUCAAGAAAUUUCUGACUCCAGGAUACUCAACCUCCGGGCAUGUGGAGUUGUACACGAUCAGUGUAGAAAGAGGAAUGUCCUGGGAGGAAGCUACCAAGAUUUGGGCUGAGUUGACAGGACCAGAUGAUGGCUUUUACUUGUCCCUGCAAAUAAGGAACAACAAGAAAACUGCGAUCUUAGUUAAAGAAGUGAACCCUAAAAAGAAGCUUUUCUUAGUUUAUAGACCAAAUACUGGGAAACAGCUCAAGUUAGAAAUUUAUGCUGAUCUAAAAAAGAAAUAUAAGAAGGUUGUUUCAGAUGACGCCCUGGUCCACUGGUUAGAUCAGUAUAAUUCAUCUGCAGAUACUUGUACUCACGCUUAUUGGCGUGGCAAUUGCAAAAAGGCAAGCUUGGGAUUAGUGUGUGAAAUAGGUCUUCGGUGCCGCACGUAUUAUGUAUUGUGUGGCUCAGUACUGAGUGUCUGGACAAAAGUUGAAGGUGUUCUAGCAUCUGUCAGUGGCACAAACGUGAAAAUGCAAAUAGUUCGGCUAAGAACAGAGGAUGGACAACGGAUUGUCGGUUUGAUCAUUCCAGCAAAUUGUGUGUCUCCUCUUGUAAAUCUCCUGUCAACUUCGGACCAGUCUCAGCAACUUGCUGUCCAGCAGAAGCAGCUCUGGCAACAGCGCCACCCACAGAGCAUCGCCAACUUGAGCAACGCAUAAGGACAGGCAGGUCUCUGCACGGAUGGAUCAGAAAUGCAGUUGAAGCAUUCAUUUGCAUAAAAAUCAGGGACAGUUUCCAAAGAAUUAUAAUUCUUCUUUCAGUUGUGCUCUCUCUAGUUAAUUUUUGGAGGUAUGAGGACAAACCUGGAUUAGACAGCAGAACUGAAAGUCAGCAGUGCCGAUGGUGGUGCAAAUGUCUUUCCUUUGCUUUUCCCAUGGUACUUCCCACACGCUUUUACUUUGGGUGAGCAGAGGGGUGUGUACGUGUGCGUGUGUCAGUGUCUGUGAGUUUGUUAAAGGCUACAAACCACAAUUGGUUUAAAAAUGCUUGGAACUUCCCAAACUGGCUUUACUUUUACAUCAUACAGUGCUCAGGGUUAAUGCAGUUCAUUCAUGCCAUUGCUGUGGCAUCGUCCCCAGAUGCAUGUGUUUUGAGUCUGUAAGUAUAGAGAAUAUAUAUCGGUUUAUUUUUCCGACUUAAUUAUACAAUAGUUUUAUUAAAGCAUGAAAUGAAAGGUUGCAUAUCAUGCAUUCAGAUUCUUUUCUAGUUUUUGUUCUGACAGUGCAUGUCUUUGAAAGCAUGCGUAAACAAGAUUAACACAAGUCAAGUAAUGGGGAGAAAUGUUUGUAGAUGUACAGCAUUGGUUAUUACAUUUUUAUAGUGUUUAUACCUGGGCGUUGCUUCCAGCCCCUCCAAUCCCUUCCCUUCCGGCCACUUCCACUCUCCCUGCCCAGGUUUCCGGUCAAAGUAAUGAGUACAUACAUUUUUUGUGAUAAAACUCUUACAGUUAAUUUUACUGUAUUAAUAGUAUUCCUAAUGUGUGCUGCAAAAAUGGCUACAAGCCUGCUUUUCUUAAAAUUACAAUUUCCUUAACUUAACGAUAAUUUUAGAAAUACAAAUUGGCUUCCAUCUUGCAAACAAUCGCUUUUUACUUCAUUUUCUUAAUUUGCUUUGUCGUUUAUUAAAACAAAACCUUACUUGAGUUGUAAACUAGACAAUGAGGAAACACUUGAGGCUUCUGCUGUAUGUUUUUUUGUUGUCAUUGUUGUUACCCAGUAACUUGAAUAUUGUUUAAUGUGUUGUUGGACUUUGUAGAGUUUAUCUCAAGUUGUUUAAAAUGGUAAUGUACAAAUGUGAAUAGACACUUAUCUAUAAUAUGGAUAAGUUUUGUUUCGCCUUUAAUAGAUGUCUAUAAAAACAAGUGAGGGGACAGUUGGUAUUUUUGUUUCCUUUUACUGUUUCUUUCCUUUCUUUUUUCUUUUUCUUUUUUUUUUUUUGCUUGCACAGGUUGCACUAUUGAAAAAUUGAGAUUGUAUAAACCCAGUCAAAAGCUGCAAGAUACCACAGUCUUGUAGAUGUCAAAUAAAAAGUUAUUAUUCUAA